AUGCUUUCACAGAGCUGCUCCAGCUCUCUGUCCAUUCUGAAGGCUCUAGAUCGUGAGGACCAGGAAGUGUUUAAUCUGACCAUCAUAGCUCAGGAUCAUGGAAUGCCCCAGCUGUCCACCAGUCAGGUUCUGUCUGUCCACGUGAUUGAUGUGAACGAUGAGCCGCCGCUGUUCCAGUGGGAGGAGCUAGAGGCGGAGGUCAGAGAGAACAAGGAGGCGGGAACCACGGUGAUCACCGUCACGGCAACGGACAGAGACCAAGGUUCUAAUGGCCAGGUGACAUAUGGUGGUGUAACAGAGGAAGGCUUCAGCAUCAACCCUGUGACCGGAGUCAUCAGCACUACCAAGACCCUGGACAGAGAGACUCAGGACCACUACACACUCACAGUGUAUGCCAGGGACGGGGGCCUGCCUCCUAACUUUGCCAAGGUGGUGGUGCGUGUGGUGGUGCAGGAUGAGAACGACAACGUGCCGGUGUUCGCCAGGCCCUGGUACGGCCUAGAGGUCCCUGAGAGCCAGAGCGCCGUGGAGCUGUGUAUUGUCAGGGCUGCUGACGCAGACACUGGCCCCGCUGGAGAAAUAGAGUACAGGAUCACUGCUGGAGACCCAGACGGGAUCUUCCAACUCCAUGUCAGUUCAGGGGCCCUGUCCACGUCUCGUCCCCUGGAUCGGGAGCUGCGGGCAGGGUACAACCUGGAGGUGGUGGCCCUGGACCAUGGUUCUCCUGCUCUGAGCAGCACAGCCACAGUGGAGGUGAAAGUGUUGGAUGUAAAUGACAACAGUCCGGCCUUCAGCAGCAGCAGCUACACCAUAGACAUCUCAGAGGACGCUGCCCAGGGAACUACAGUCUUAGAGGUGACGGCAACAGACGCAGACGAGGGGGAGAACGGGAAGGUGCUGUAUUUCCUGAGUCAAGAGGCUCGGGGCGCUUUCACCGUUGACGAAAACACUGGCUGUAUUACAACGGCGUCGCCGGUGGACCGAGAGAAGAGGGCGUCGUACAGCUUCCGUGUGUUCGCUGUGGACCUGUCACCUGCAGAGCCCAGAAACACCUCUGCUCAGGUAACCGUGACGAUCCUGGACAUAAACGACAACGCUCCAUUCUUCAUCCAAGACCCCCUCGUUGUCGAGGUCACGGCCAGCCAAUCACAUCGGGUCCUGGCCACCAUGCGGGCCGAGGACAAGGACUUUGGCGCCAACGGCUCUGUGUUCUACCGUUUUGCCGGGCCAGUGAGGGGUUUCAGCAUCAACUCCCUGACAGGGGAGAUCCAGGGGACAGAGGGGAUAGACAGGCUGAGUCAGGCCCAGAGGACCCUCAUGGUGGAGGCUAUGGACCAGGGAACCCCGGCACAGUCCAGCCUGGGGGUGGUGGUGGUCUAUGUGAAGGAACAGGUGUAUACAGGCAUCAGGUUCUCCAGGAAUGCCAGAGACGUCAGCAUACAGGAGAACGCCGCCAAAGGUACGGCUGUAGCUCAGGAUCAGGCCCAGUACCCUGAUGGAACCAGAAGAGGGAUCAGCUAUAGUCUCUUCUCUGGAAACAGACUGCAGGCCUUCAGCAUCGGCACUAGCACAGGUGAAAUCUGGGUUCAGAGGUCGUUGGGUCUGGACUUUGAGGACACUCCGCGACUCCGCCUGGUAGUGAAGGCUGAGACGGCUUCGUCCAGCUCCUUCAUGGCCGUCAACCUGAUCCUGCAGGACAUCAAUGACAACCUGCCACGCUUCCAGCUCCAGAACUAUAUAGCCUACAUGAGAGAGGCCCAGGGUUACGACAUGCCAAUCAUACAGGUGGUGGCAGAGGACGUGGACCAGGGGCAGAACGGUCAGGUGACCUACUCUAUCCAAUCAUCAGGAGGCAUGAGCGGCCUGUUCAAGAUCGACCCUGUCACGGGAAGCAUCACCACCGCCGCCAUCAUGGACAGAGAGAUCUGGACUCAGACCAGGCUGGUCGUCACAGCGACGGACAGGGGCAGCCCGCGAUUGGCCGGUUCGGCCACACUCACAGUGAUCAUCGUAGACCUCAACGACAACAGUCCAACAAUCCCUCUGCCCCGGGAGGUCCGCAUUCCUGAGAACACUCUGAUCGGCACAGAGAUCACCUUGGUAACGGGUAAUGACGUGGACUCCAGCCCGGCCCUGUCCUACAGCCUCCAGCUGGACGGGUCGUCCCAGGGGAAGUUUGGGAUUCACCGCUACAGUGGAGGGGUGUCUCUGACCGCCCCUCUGGACUACGAGGACAGGACCUGGUACACACUGACCGUCAGGGCUACUGACUCCCAACACCAGACUGAGGCUAAUAUCACCAUAUUGGUGGAGGACGUCAAUGACAAUGCUCCUGCGUUCACACACGAUCUAUACCAGGUAACGCUGCCAGAACAUUCCCCGCCAGGCAGUCCCGUUGUCACGGUGACGGCGACUGAUCGUGAUUCGGGGGAGAAUGGAAAGGUCACCUACAGAGUGACGUCGUCAACGCGAGGUGGCUUCUACGUAGACCCCAGCAACGGUACCCUGUUCAUCAGGGAGAGGUCAGAGUUUGAUCCAGAGAACCCGUCCGUCAGUGUGGUCAUCGAAGCCUGUGACGGGGGAUCCCCGCCCCUCUCCUCCGUCACCACAGUACAGGUCCAGCUAUCAGACGUCAACGACAACGCUCCCGUCUUCCACCAAUCAGAGUACAGGGCGACGGUGUUGGAGGACUCCAUCCCCGGGGCGACCAUCCUGACCCUGGAGGCCAUGGACGCUGAUUUCUCUCGGGACAACUGCGGCUUCGACUUCGCCAUUGCCAGUGGCAACACCGGGAACGUCUUCCAGAUCGAGAGCAGCGUGCGUUUCCUGGAGGGGCGGGGCUUCCAGACCGUAGGGACGCUCCUAUUGGCCGAGGUGCUGGACUUCGAGGCCGUGCCCCUCUAUAACCUGACGGUGGUGGUGUCGGACAGAGGGGUUCCACAGAGGAGUUCUAGCGUUGCCGCGGUGAUAACCGUUGGCGAUAUAAACGAUAACCCCCCGGCGUUUGGCAGGGCGGAGUACGCUGUGUCACUGAGUGAAGGAGCUGGCGCCGGGACAGAGAUAAUACGACUCACUGCCACAGACCCAGACUCUGCCCCCAACGCAGAGGUCCAGUAUAGUAUCAGCUCAGGUGAUGAGAUGGACCUGUUCACCAUCGACCAGUGGACCGGGGCGCUGCGGUUACAGCGACAGCUCGACCGCGAGCACCAGUCCUCCCACGUGGUCAUCGUCCAGGCCUCGGAUGGCCACGGUCACGUCGCCCUGACCCCGAUCAGCGUAGAGGUCAAAGAUGUGAAUGAUAACAGACCGUUCUUCCCCAUAGAGACUCUGACGGCUAGCAUCAGAGAGAACCAGCCGGUCAACUCAGCCGUGACCGUACUCCACGCCAUAGACCACGACACUGGGAUGUACGGCCAGCUGAGAUACUACAUGGUGGAGCAAGGUCAAGGGUCAGGAGUUACAGGGCGAGAGGCCUUCACCGUGGACCAGAGUUCAGGAGAGGUCAGGGCUAAGGUGACUUUUGACUUUGAGAAGGUCAACUCAUUUAAUUUUGUUGCUCUGGCGAUGGAUGCCGGUAACCACUCGGCCACGGUGACGGUCCAGGUGUACGUGACUGGUGAGGAUGAGUACGACCCACUCUUCGUCUCCCCAGAGUUCUCCUUUGAGGUUCCAGAGGGGGCGAAGAGGGGCCAGAGCAUCGGACAGGUCCAGGCAAACGACGAGGACGGAGGUGUAGACGGUAUCGUCCUCUUCUCGCUCCCAAGCUCCUCCCUGUACUUUGACGUCAACAAAACAACCGGGGUGGUUUUCCUCAAGAUGGAUGGGUCUUCUAGUCGCAGCAGCAGCAGCGGGUUAGGGGGGCGGUCCAAAAGGGAGACCAGGACCAUGACACUUGACGUUAAUGCCCACAGCCCUCUGGACACGUCCCGGGUCACCACGGCCCAGCUGACCAUCGAUGUGACCAACACGUCAUUCGGCCUGGGGGCAGACCUCAACGUCCUGCUGAUUAUCAUCAUCGCCGUGUCCCUGGGGGUCAUCGUGCUACUGGUUGUCAUGGCGGUGGUCAUCUUCCUGCUCAAGUCUAAGAGACGCAGGAAGAACAAAGGACGGGACAACAGUGCCGUGGCCUCAGGAACCACUCUGCAGAAACUGGACGAUUCCAAAUCUGGAGGAUCUGAGAGGAUCUAUCAUCAGACGUUACCAGGGUACGCCGGCGACCAAGGUGGAGCAGGGGCCGGGGCCUAUCCCCGGGGGGGUUCCCUUGACCCCUCCCACUCCAGCGGGCGUGGCUCAGCCGAGGCGGCGGAGGACGAUGAGAUCAGGAUGAUCAACGAGUACCCCCGCGUAGCGUCCAUCUCCUCGUCCAUGCAGGAGCACAUCUCAGCCCGCGGGCCGGACUCUGGCAUCCAGCAGGACGCUGACCAGCUGUCGGACAUCUCCUGUGAGCCGGCCGCCCUGGAAGGAAGCACCUGGUUCAAAGGCAAGAAGCUGGGAGGGAGUCUCAGCGGGACCAUGCUGUCUGGACAGCUACCUGUCUACAGAGACGAGCUGGGAGGAGGGUACCUGGGGGUGGGGAGGGGACUCAACAUCUCCCAUCCUAAAGAUUACGCCUUCCCAGAGGACGGGAAGCCCUCUGUAGACGGGUCCCUGACAGCCAUAGUGGCCAGUGACGAAGAGCUAAGGGGCAGUUAUAACUGGGACUACCUGCUCAACUGGUGCCCUCAGUUCCAACCACUAGCCAACGUCUUCACGGAGAUCGCCAGGCUCAAAGACGAGACAGCCCCACAGAACCAGACCAACCCACGCCAGCCCUUCCAGCCCAAAGCCAAGAUGGACCCCAAGCCUCGCAUCGACCCACCGCCCCUCAUCACUGCCGUGGCCCACCCUGGGGCCAAGUCCGUCCCCCCGAAGGUCCCUGUCAUCGGACGCACCUUCCCCCACCUGGCCACCCUACGGCGGUCCCCCAUCAGCCACGAGGGCUCCAUCUCCUCAGCAGCCAUGUCCCCCAGCUUCUCCCCCUCUCUGUCCCCCCUCGCCGCCCGCUCCCCUGCCGUCUCCCCCUUCGGAGUAACCCAGGGCCCCUCGACCUCCAUGAUCAGUACCAGGGAUCCCAUGCUGGACCACAGCCCCGAUCACGAGAUGAGGAUCUGAGGAUGACGUUGUUUUAGAUUUUUUAGAGACGUUUCUAUAAUUUAUGUUUUAUCAAAGUAAAGGGUGCUGAGAUCUGGAUGUUAUAUCAGCUCCUAUGACACGCGAGAAAGUUGAAGGAAGUGUUUUUGGCUUUAGAGACAUGUUUCUCUGAUGUAGUUUUUUUAAUAAUCUGACAAUGUGAUUGGUUCUCAGAUCUGAACCUUAUUUCAGCUCCUAGGACAGAUGAGGAGAUGAAGGAAGUGUUUUCGGCUUUAGAGACAUGUUUCUCUGAUGUAGUUUCUCAGAUGAUUUUUAGGCCAUAUUUCUUCACAACAGAAGAGGAAUAUAGUGUGGGAACAGUUUGUAUUAGUGAAGACCGAGUGAUUGCCAAGAUGAGGCUCAAGAAGAUGAACACUAAUAUGAUGAGAUAGGUCACAUUCACCCUCUUUUCUGAAGGGACAUGUGGAUUAUCAUUUUCUACAGGAUGUUAUUUCUCACCCUAUGAGCCCUUAGACCUAGAUAUCCCGAUAUGUUUUGGUGGACCAUGUUGUGGGGUUGGGGAGGUUAGCAUUGACAACAGACCAGCCAUCUCCUCCCCUACUUGUACAUCAUGACGCAGGCCUCUGACAAUUGCCACAGGGUUAGGAGAUUACCCAACCUCUUGGCUUCGAACAACCAUGACUUGGAUCUAACCCUGCAGCUGCAGACUGACCAUCCCUUCAGACAGAGGUCCUUAGUAGAGAUAAACUGACGUAUCGGCUGCAGACCGACCCUCCCUUCAGACAGAAGGCCCUCAGUGGAGAUAAACUGACCUAUCGGCUGCAGACUGACCCUCCCUUCAGACAGAGGUCCUUAGUAGAGAUAAACUGACCUAUCGGCUGCAGACUGACCCUCCCUUCAGACAGAGGCCCUCAGUGGAGAUAAACUGACCUAUCGGCUGCAGACUGACCCUCCCUUCAGACAGAAGGCCCUCAGUAGAGAUAAACUGACAUAUCGGCUGCAGACUGACCCUCCCUUCAGACAGAAGGCCCUCAGUAGAGAUAAACUGACAUAUCGGCUGCGGACUGACCCUCCUGCGGACAGAAGGCCCUCUGUCAUGAAGUCCAUAGACACAGUAGAUUUUCAGUCGUUUUCAGGUCCCUCCUCGCUGGCUGGUCAGAGAGAUAAAGGAUUCCACUAUUCCUCUCUUUGACUUCCGUCUCUUCACAUUCUAGAUCUCCUUUAAAGACUUCAGUGUUCCGUUGUGGUGGUCUCACAAACAAAAGGACUGCUUUACAUAAUAAAACAAAAUGGCUGCUUUCAAAAUGGCUGACGUUUCCCCUUCUGUGGAUCCAAUGGACCAAGUACAUGUGUGUUGGAAAAUACAUGAUAAACUAGCCAAUGUUUUGUACAAUGGAAACGAGGAACCGAGGCUAAUGUUUUCCUUUGUUGCUACGGAAGACGCAUUAUUUUCUUUUGGUUGUAUUUUUUAUAUAUUUUUAUAGUGACCUUUUGAUUUCUGAUUUGAAAUGCCAGGUUAUCGUUUCAUUCUAUUUAGAUAUAUGUAUAUUUGUAUGUGUGUGUAUGUACGCCAGCCACAUUAUCGAUGUGUUUUUCCUGUCAUAGAUUUUUUAGAGAGCCACCAUCUUAUGUCUUUGUGGACUCGUGACAUUUGUGACGUGAGUGAGUGGGGAACGUUUUGUGUUUUGAUCAUUAUUUAUAUGAAGGAAAUGAACUGCUGGCCAUGUCGACAGAAGGCAACCACGUUCACUUGUCACCCUGCUGUGAUUGAAUCUGGAAAAGGUUGUUUAUUUUCUCUUCAGAAUGUAGAUCUUCUCAAAAUCCCGGCAAAGCGAUGUAAAGACGAUCAGAGAUCAUUGCCCUCAAACUCUUGUCACCAAAACCAGACCUGUCCUCCUUGUUAGUAAACUGUUCUAACUGAUAUGUAGCGGAGGUGAACCGGAGUCACGCUCUUGUGAUGAAAAUCUACGUCACCCCGGUCCAAGAGGGAAUGUCCUCUUGGCUUAAUGUUUAAGACGUUGGUUUUCCGUGUCGGAGACCAGGGUUCAGAUCCCGCCUGUGACAUAUACACUAGACUCAGUGUAAAGUAAACUGGCUUACACAGCAGCACACAUUCUCCAUGGGAAUUCAUGGAGAAUUCCAUUUCCUGUUCACCUCUUGUGUCUUUUGUAACGAAGUGCUUCCGGCUCAACACAAAGGUCAAUGGUGUGAUGUCACCGCUCCGUAUGAUGACUUGUAAACUGAGAAGUGGUUCAACUUCAUACCAUAGAAAUACAAUGCAUAGAACAUAGUUUAUAGAAUGGUUAAAAGGGUUUACACAACUACUUUUAAAGGUAGCAGCACAAGAAUUUAACUUCAAUUAGACCUGUCACGCUCCCAAAUCAACAUACUGUGUGUUCUAUCUAUGCAUUCUAUUUCUAUGGUUUCAGUGCUCCAGUUCUAGCUCUGUCGUUAGAUGUGUUUUACCAGCAGGUAGGGUAGGUAGACGAGGUUAUCCAGGGUCCAUGUGUUUCUCUCAUCACCCCACCCUCUGUGUCCUCUCCGUGUCCUCUCCACGCUCCCAUUGUUUGGGCUCUGUCCUGGACAUCUGUUAACCUAGCAGGCCAGAGGGCACACAGCUUUACCGCAACACUAGAUGUGUCCCAAAUUGCACCAUAUUCCCUAUGUAAUGCACUACUUUUGACCAGAGGGUUCUGUUCAGAGGGUUCUGUUCAGAGGGUUCUGUUCAGAGAGAUCUGUUCAGAGGGUUCUGUUCAGAGAGAUCUGUUCAGAGGAUUCUGUUCAGAGAGAUCUGUUCAGAGGGUCCUGUUCAGAGAGUUCUGACCAGAGGGUUCUGUUCAGAGUGUUCUGUUCAGAGGGUCCUGUUCAGAGAGAUCUGUUCAGAGGGUUCUGUUCAGAGAUAUCUGUUCAGAUGGUCCUGUUCAGAGAGUUCUGACCAGAGGGUUCUGUUCAGAGAGUUCUGACCAGAGGGUUCUGUUCAGAGAGUUCUGACCAGAGGGUUCUGACCAGAGGGUUCUGACCAGAGAGUUCUGACCAGAGGGUUCUGACCAGAGGGUUCUGUUCAGAGGGUUCUGACCAGAGGGUUCUGACCAGAGGGUUCUGUUCAGAGGGUUCUGUUCAGAGGGCACUAUAUAGGUAAUAUGGUGCCAAUUGGGACACACAGACUGUCUUCUCCAGUAUUACCUUUCCUGUUGUUUAGUUCAGUGUGUGUUGAGUCAGGGGUGAUCAGCAGCAAUGUGAUGCUCUCCUGUUCCUCACAUGCCGCUUUCAAAUCAACUGGGAACUCCAAUCCUCGUAAAUCUCAGACUUAUGAAUUCAGUGCAUUCAAAUCAACUGGGAACUCCAAUCCUCGUAAAUCUCAGACUUUUGAAUCCAGUGCAUUCAAAUCAACUGGGAACUCCAAUCCUCGUAAAUCUCAGACUUUUGAAUCCAGUGCAUUCAAAUCAACUGGGAACUCCAAUCCUCGUAAAUCUCAGACUUUUGAAUCCAGUGCUUUCAAAUCAACUGGGAACUCCAAUCCUCGUAAAUCUCAGACUUUUGAAUCCAGUGCUUUCAAAUCAACUGGGAACUCCAAUCCUCGUAAAUCUCAGACUUUUGAAUUCAGUGCAUUCAAAACAACUGGGAACUCCAAUCCUCGUAAAUCUCAGACUUUUGAAUCCAGUGCAUUCAAAACAACUGGGAACUCCAAUCCUCGUAAAUCUCAGACUUUUGAAUCCAGUGCAUUCAAAACAACUGAGAACUCCAAUCCUCGUAAAUCUCAGACUUUUGAAUUCAGUGCAUUCAAAACAACUGGGAACUCCAAUCCUCGUAAAUCUCAGACUUUUGAAUCCAGUGCAUUCAAAACAACUGAGAACUCCAAUCCUCGUAAAUCUCUGACUUUUGAAUUCAGUGCAUUCAAAACAACUGGGAACUCCAAUCCUCGUAAAUCUCAGACUUUUCAAUCCAGUGCAUUCAAAACAACUGGGAACUCCAAUCCUCGUAAAUCUCAGACUUUUCAAUCCAGUGCAUUCAAAUCAACUGGGAACUCCAAUCCUCGUAAAUCUCAGACUUUUGAAACCAGUGCAUUCAAAACAACUGGGAACUCUUCACGAGCUCCGAUUGGGGAAAAAUUGUUUUGAACGGUCACCCAACUUAGAAUUCCAAGUCAGAAACUCGAGCAUCUUUCUAGAGCAUUGACUUUCCGACCCUGAAGAUCACUGACGUCAUGAUUUGACAUGGUUUUUUUUCAGAGUUGCCAGUUGUCUUGAAAGCACCAUAAGGGAUAGUUUGUUGAACUCUGCUGUGCUGCAUGCCUGAUGAUAUAAUUCUACCAUACCAACAACUGUCUGCCUGCCUCUCGCUAACCUGGCGCUAACUCUGUCAGCCCACUAAACGGGCGGCAGGUAGCCUAGUGGUUAGAGCGAUGGGCCAGUAACCAAAAGGUCAAAUCCCCGAGCUGACAAGGUAAAAAAUAUGUCGUUCUGCCCCUGAACAAGGCAAUUAACUCACUGUUCCCCGGUAGGCCGUCAUUGUAAAUAAGAAUUUGUUCUUAACUGACUUGCCCUAGUUCAAUAAAGUUUACAUUUAAAAACAUGGGAUGAGCCUGGCCUCUCACUAACCUGGUCAGACCACUAAACAUGGGAUGAGCCUGGCCUCUCACUAACCUGGUCAGACCACUAAACAUGGGAUGAGGAUAGGGUGCCAUAGGGCUCUGGUCUAAUGUAGUGCACUAUAUAGGGAAUAGGGUGCCAUAGGGCUCUGGUCUAAAGUAGUGCACUAUAUAGGGAAUAGGGUGCUAUGUGGGAUUCAAAAUUGAAGACUGCUGCCAACGAUUCAGCAGCAUACAGAACAGAAAUUGUCUGUAUGUGUAUUUGAAAGAGCAAAGAAUAAAUUCAUACUGGUCUCUUUUCACAAA